AUGCCCAGUGGACAAUUAUUAGCUAUAACAGGAUUUAAUGAAAUGAUCGUAUUAUUAAAUCAUGUGACGUGGAAACCGCUUUUACAAUUAUGUCUUGAACCUAUAAUCAAAGAAAAUUAUUUAAAUAAAGUAUAUGAAGAACGUAUAAUUCAAUCAAAAUUUUCUAAUAAAAAUACAACCUGUUACAAUAAGCAUACUUUGGAAGAGAAAUCUGAACGUCCAAUAAAUAUCAAGAUUGACAGGAAAAACAAUAUCGAGAGAGUAUCAAUAGCUAAGUUUGACAUUUUAGAGUUUAGCUCUUGUGGACAAUAUUUAGUUAUAAAACAUCAACUUUAUCCUUCAACAUUGUGGAUAUGGAAUAUUAUCGACGAUUAUUUUGAUUAUUUACUUCUUGAAAAUACUAUUAGAGCUGCAAGAUGGAAUCCUACACGCGCUCAUCUUCUAAUAUUUUGCGAGUGCACGCAUAUAUUUGAAUGGACACCGCACAAUGCAAGUUGCAUACCAAUUUCCCGAAAUAUUACAAUAUUAGAUGCACAAUGGCAUCCUCGCGGAAAUUUCGUACUGCUUUAUGGUUACAAUAAAGCUAUUAUUUAUCAAAUUGAAAAAAGCAAUAAAACAAUUAAUGACUUUUUAAAAAACUUAAUUUUGAUAUCUUAUUAG